AUGAGUGGUGAUAAUAGUUCUAAUGGACUCAAUUGGGAAUGGAAAAUGGAGCCAAAGAAAGACACCAUGCACGGAAAGGGAAAUAUUAAAGCACACCAGCUUUUGGAGCAAAAGGAACUAACCUUGGAUGCUAGUGACUAUUUAUGGUACAUGACUAGUGUUGAUAUCAAUGACACGUCAAUUUGGAGCAAUUCAACUCUCCGUGUGAACACUAUGGGCCAUACACUUCAUGGUUAUGUUAAUAGGAAGUAUAUAGGAUACCAAUUUAGCCAAUGGGGAAAUAAAUUCACUUAUGAAAAGAACGUUUCUUUGAAGAAUGGAACAAACGUUAUAACUUUGCUUAGCGCCACCGUCGGCUUGCAAAUUAUGGUGCAUGGUUUUGACGAGAUAAAAACGGGCAUAUCAGGUGGCCCUGUUCAAUUGAUUGGAAAAAAUAACGUUACUAUGGAUUUGUCAACCAACCUUUGGUCUUAUAAGGUUGGUUUGAAUGGUGAGAGGAAACGUUUAUAUGAUUCGAAAUCACAUGUCGGUGUAUCAUGGAACACUAAUUCACCCCAUAUUCCUAUUGGAAAACCUAUGACUUGGUAUAAGGCAGAGUUUAAAGCUCCUUUUGGAAGAAACCCUAUUGUGGUGGACUUCCAAGGCCUGGGUAAAGGACAUGCUUGGGUGAAUGGACAUAGCAUUGGUCGUUAUUGGCCUUCUUGGGUUACAUCUACAAAUGGAUGCAGUGACACGUGCGAUUAUCGUGGAAAAUAUGUAAAGGAAAAGUGCAACACCAAUUGUGGAAGUCCAUCGCAAAGGUGGUACCAUGUACCAAGGUCAUUCUUGAAUGAUGACAUGAACACAUUGGUUUUAUUUGAAGAAAUAGGUGGUAAUCCUCAAAAUGUUCAGUUCCAAACUGUGACAACGGGAAUUAUUUGUGCUAAUGUACAUGAAGGUGCACAACUAGAACUAUCAUGCCAAAAUGGACAAGUAAUUUCACAAAUCCAGUUUGCUAGCUUUGGAAGUCCACAAGGUCAAUGUGGUUCUUUUAAGAAAGGCUCUUGGGAAGCUACAAAUAGUAAAUCUGUUGUGGAAGCUUCAUGCAUAGGAAAAAGUAAUUGUGGGUUUAUAGUCACAAAAGAAAUGUUUAGUGUUCCACUUGGCGUAACAAAUAGUAUAGCUAGAUUAGCAGUGCAGGUGACAUGUUAA